AUGUACGUGUGGGUAACGCAAACCGUGGCAUUCGCUUCCUUCGCCCUCGUCUGGGCUGAGAGCAUCGACAGCUACGGAGACGUUUGCGAGAGCCUCUGCUCUUGCGAGGACAGGGACGAGGUGCUGAUCGUCGGUUGCGAAAACAGAGAGAUCGCCAGCCUCGUGCAGAUCAGCCCUCCGCACUUCCCCGUCUAUCACUUGUUCCUCACCGGGAAUCUGCUGAGCAGGUUGUACCCGAACGAGUUGCUGAAUUUCACCGGCGUCUCCAUCCUGCAUCUGGGCAACAACCGCAUCCAGGAGAUCGAGGCGGGAGCUUUUCACGGGCUGAGAGGCUUGAGGAGGUUACACCUGAACAACAACAAACUGGAAGGGGUGAGGGACGACACUUUUGCGGGGCUGGAGAACUUGGAAUACCUCCAGGUAGAUUACAACUACAUCAGCUGGAUCGAAGCCGGCACUUUCAGCAAACUGCACAUGCUGCAGGUGUUGAUCUUGAACGACAACCUGCUCGGCAGCUUGUCCAGCAACGUUUUCAGAUACGUCCCCCUCACUCACCUCGACCUGCGGGGCAACCGGCUCAAGAUGUUGCCCUACGCGGGCCUUUUGGAGCACAUGGACCGGGUGGUGGAACUGCAGUUGGAGGAAAACCCCUGGAACUGCAGCUGCGAUCUGAUCGCCCUCAAGGCUUGGCUGGAGAGCAUCGCCUACACGGCUCUGGUCGGGGAGGUGGUCUGCGAGACACCUUUCCGCCUGCACGGCAGAGACCUGGAUGAGGUCUCCAAGCAAGAAUUGUGCCCCAGGAGAACGAGCACCGACUCCGAUUGGAAACCUAUGCCACCUUUGACCACACAUGGGUAUUUUUACACCACUCCGGCCCCGGCCACUUCCAUCAUCACCUUCUCGCCCAAGUCUCCGGCGAGAGCCCCUAAAAGCACUCGCCUCCCCAAACGUCCGAUCUCCAGAGGCCCCACCGCAAAGGAAGGAUACAACUACGGACCCAUCAUCGCCUAUCAGACCAAAUCCCCUGUGCCUUUAGUCUGUCCCCGGCAAUGCACGUGUAACCUGCAGAUCUCGGAUCUGGGGCUCAACGUCAAUUGCCAGGAGAAGAAGAUCGAGAGAGUAACCGAGCUGGAGCCAAAGCCCUACAACCCCAAAAAGAUGUACCUCACAGGAAACCACAUCCAGAUCGUCCGCAGAUCCGAUUUUAUCGAUUCCACGGGAUUAGACUUGCUGCACCUCGGCCACAACAAGAUAGCCACCAUCCAAGAUCGCGCUUUCGUGAAUCUGACGAACCUGCGCCGACUUUACCUGAAUGGAAACUGCAUCGACAGACUGACCUCCGAGAUAUUUUACGGUCUGCGGAAUCUGCAAUACCUGUACCUCGAGUACAACGCCAUUAAAGACAUCGCGCUCGGCACCUUCAAGGUGGUGCCCAACCUGCAGUUGCUCUUUUUGAACAGCAAUCUGCUCCGUUCUUUUCCCGCCGACGUCUUUUCGGGCUUGAAUCUGACCAGGAUUAACCUGAGGAAUAACCGUUUCACCUCCCUGCCCGUGGUGGGGGUCUUAGAGCACCUGAAGUUCCUUAUACAGAUAGACCUGUACGAAAACCCCUGGGAUUGCAGGUGCAACAUAGUGGGGAUGAAGCAUUGGUUGGAGAAACUCAACACUGGCGCAGUCAUCAACGAUGUGAUCUGCCAGUCGCCAAAGAAGUUCACAGGGGAGGACGUGAGAGCGAUUGCAUCGGAUCUUAUUUGUCCCGAUUACUCUGACAUCGUUGUAACUACCCCCUCACCCACUGCUGUCCCGACCCCGGAGCCCACCAGCAGCAGCACCACCCCGCCCCCACUGCAGGUCAGAGCAGAGACCAGCUCCGUGCCUCUCUCCGUCCUCAUCCUCAGUUUGCUUUUGGUUUUCAUCACCUCUGUGUUUGUGGCCGCGGGUCUGUUCGUGGUCGUGAUGAAAAGGCGCAAAAAAGCACAGAGCGAUCGCACCAGCACCAACAAUUCCGACGUGAGCUCCUUCAAUCUGCACUAUGGCGUUUACAGCCACAGGUCAACCCCCAAAGCCAAGAGUCCUGCCAGCCACGUGUACGAGUUCAUCCCCCAUCCUUUGGGACACAUGUGCAAGAAUCCCAUCUACAGAUCCAGGGAGGGCAAUUCAGUGGAUGACUACAGGGAUCUACACGAGCUGAAAGUUACCUACAGAAACCACAUAGAUGAGGAACGAGAAAACCAGCUGAGAAGCCCCACAUACAGCAUCAGCACUAUUGAGCCGCGAGAGGACAUCUCUCCAAUGCAAGAAGUAGAGCAUUUCUACCGUGGGAUUUUAGAACCUGAGAAUGAAUCACCCAAUGGGAACAACAUUGACUAUAACUAUGGUAGUCCACCAAGCUAUCAUUAUUCGCCUAACUAUGAAGUUAGGCGCCAGUAUCUACAUCCAGAAAGGUUGAGGGAGCCGGUGCUCUAUGGUGCCCCCAGUAAUGUAUAUAUUGAGCAAAGUAGAAAUGACUAUCUGGAACUUAAAGCAAAACUUCACGCUGAGCCGGACUACCUCGAAGUUCUUGAAAAACAGACAACGUGUAGUCAGUUCUGA